AAACAAAUAUUGAGCUGAUUUGCGAAAUAGCGACGUGCCGCGACGAUCUUCUCUAAUUUUCUGCUUGUUUUACCAGUUUUUCAGCAUUUUUCCACGUAACGUCGGAUAAUUUUCCUAGAUUUUGGCCUCGAUUUACUUAUUUGGUUUUUAAGUAUGGAGAAAUUAGGCCUAGGUGGGUCGGAUUUGAUACAUGUGCACAUAUCAGUUGCUGGUUCUAACAGUGCCUGCCCAUUAGAAAAGUCUUUUUCAACGAAUUUACUCGUCGGCGAAUUAAAGAGGAAACUUGAACCAUUGACCGGUGCGAAUGCUGCAACUAUGAAAGUGAAAGUGUUUGACUCCAGGAAUGCGUUUAAAUUUGAUUUGACUCCUGAUGACAAGCCCUUGAGUGAAUUUUCAUUUGAAAAAGGAACUUUGCUUCUUGUAGAAGACCUUCAUAUGCUCACUUGUCAAGAACUAGAAGCAGAAUUGAAAAAAAUUGAAAAGUUUGAGCUUACAGAGGAAGAAUAUGCCUCCAAGCCUUAUACUGUCCAGUCAUUUUUAAAAGCCAACAAAUUAGGGAAAUACAAUCCUGAAGAAAUUCAAAGGACGAAUGAGGAAAUGAAACAAUUCGAGAAAGAGGAAAAAGAAAGGAUGGAGCAGAUGAAGAUAGGAAUGCGGUGCAUGGUGAAAGCACCUGGCAAAGCCAAGCGAAAGGGCACCAUCAAAUUCAUAGGUACAUUAGCUUCAAAGUCUGGCAAUUGGAUAGGCGUUCAGUAUGAUGAGCCACUGGGAUUGAACGAUGGAACCUGUGGUGGCGUUAGGUAUUUUGAAUGUCCUCCAAAAUAUGGUGGUUUCGUCAAACCGAUCUUCAUUGAGGUUGGAGAUUUCCCGCCAGAUGGUGAAGAAGAGCUUUUCGACGAUGAACUGUGAAAACUGAAUUUCUCUCGUUCCGGUAGGACAAGUUUUGUAAUUGUUAAAUAUUCUACUUAUCAUGUACACUAGUAUUAUUUUGUACGGACAAAUGCAGUCCAAGUUGAUUACUUUUCUCAUGCAAGCAAAAAUAUUUUGGCGGAGGAUUUCUUUUCUCAUUUCUAUGAGACGUUCUUUAGAGAUCCACAUUCAUUGCCAGGUAUUUGAAAGAUUUUUUGAAAAUUUUAGUGAGGAAGGUUUUCAUUUUGCUAUUGAACUAAUGGUUUUUCCACAUCUGUCUGUUCUCACACCGCAGUCAAAAAUAAAUCUCUAGAAAAAUGAAAAACAUGAGCCCUUUAAAGCACAGUCAAAACCUAAAUAUUCAAUUAAUUUAUUUUUAAAUGACCCAGAUGCUUCCUCUGGGGCAAAAAAAUAUCUACAUUUUAUUGCUGUAGUAGUGAAAAUGUCUUGUUUCUUUGAGGCGUGUGCAGAAUUGUAACUGUUGUGCAGGACAAAAACCACAAAACUCUACUCCAGAUUUUAUAUUUUUUUUACUUAAACCCUCUAUUUAAAGAAAAUGUAUGCAAAAAAUGUUUUAUUCUUUUAGGAUCGGUACUUCAUACCCUAUAGUAUUCAUUUAAAAAAAAAAAAAAAAAAAUUUAUGUAGUUGCAAAAUUUGCUGUUUUCUAGGGUAAUACGUCUGAGAAAAACUUUCAAGCAGAAGACUGUGGUUUUUGCCUAGCAUUGCAGUUUAACAAUGGGUUAAUUUGUCUAAUAAGACAUUUUUGUCACACUGAUUAGAUUUAGCAGAUUGCUGAACUGCUUAGUUUCAAUUUUACGGUUUUGUGUGGAAUCAGCAGAAAUGAUCCUUGUUAAAUUAAAAAUUCUAAUAUGCUAGUCAAAUUUUGUGUUGAAAUUUCAUUUCUCUCCUAAUCUCCGAAAUAUUUUUAGUGACCGUUCACUGUCAUCCUAAACUCUAAAGAUAACUUGGUUUUGUAAAAUGAAUGGUACAUAUAUUAUUCUAUGCUUGCCAAUUCAAGAAACAAAAUCUGUGGCUCUAAUGCAAUCAAAAUUUCAUGCUGUGACAGGGGCGUAAGCUAAUGUAUGUUAUGAAACUAUAAUGUUUCAUUUAAGGUUAGCCUCAAGUUAACAAUGCUUGAAUGUGAUAAUUUAAUAUCAAUUCAUUGUUCUCUUUGCCUGUCUCUGUUUCAAAACCUAUUCUCCUCCAAGUUUUUUUUUUCUACAGAGAUUUUCAUGUUUUUUUCAUUGCAUCAUCAACUUGAGGCGCUACCGCUAAUUCAGAGUUCAGUAAAAACUUGGAUAAAUAACUAUUUAUUCGUGCAAAAUGCUACUUUAAAAACGAAUAUGUAACUUUUUAACUAACUAUUCAUUCUAGAAUUAUAAUUUCAAUUCUUUUUGCUUUAUAUAAGUGGGAAAAUGGAUGAAUGGAAAGAAGUGCACUAAUCAAUUCCUGAUCUUGAUCAGGUCUCUGAACAAAAAAUAAUUUUAUUCAUUUGGUACACUCAUAAAUUAUUUGUUUUUCGUCUCAUAAGAUCAUGUAUCUCCAAGUAUGUUUGUAAAUUUUAUUUCAGAGGAAUUUUUUAGUUUUUUAGUGCAAGUCCAAAUGAUACGUGAUGCAAUUGGCGCACUUUGUUGUUAUGUUUUUACAGUUAUGUCACAAAGUCAUAAACUUAUUGCUUGAUUUCUUUGAAUUUUUUUUUUUACAUUUACUCACUUAAUGAAUGCUUUAAUGCACUUAUUCUAUGCAGUCAAUUAUCUUACACCGGAGCAAGUAAAAAAUCAACUUGCAUCAUUAAAUGUUUGAUUGCCUUUAGGAUUGCGACUGAAGUUGUCUUGUGAAAUUAUUUCUACAUCACCGUCUAGUUUUUCAUGAUAUUCAGGUUAAAAGACUGUUCCUUAUCUACGUAUUAGUUUUUGUUUCUUUUAUUAAGAUUCAUUUUAGGCAUAGUUAACGUUGAUACAUUUUUGUAAUCUCAUCGAUAGAAAAAAUUCUUUCAAAAGCGAUGAGACUUGAGUUUUCUUGGGAAAUUAUCUUUUUGAAAGUUUGAAAAGAUUUUUUCCGGGUUGAUCUACUUUUUUAGAUAAACUUUGAAAAGAUGAUGAGGGA